CUACUUGCAUACAGACCGUAAGCCAUAUGUAGUGUGUCUGUAAACCAGGUGAACGCCAACUUAAAGGCGGGGAAGAGAAAUGGUGUCGGCUUUACAGCUGCAUGCCAAGAGGCUGCAGAUUCCUAGGUUGUAUACUUUGCUAAGAUGGCUGUUCCUUAUAGUCAUUGCUAUCAGCACGGCCUUGGUGGGCUUUUUCCAAAGCAUGCUUGUCUCCAGCCUCUACGGUCUGCGCAGCCAGUUCAUCUUCUCGAUAGUGCUGCUCAACGAGAACGUCUUCGUCAAGUUUCUACAGUAUACAGCCUUCAACCUCUUGCUGGCAUUCCUAUGCUGCUUCUUCAUGUGGAUUAUUUCGCCUGCUGCGUCUGGUUCUGGCAUUCCCGACGUGAAGGCGUAUCUUAACGGCGUGGAGAGCCCCAUCUUUAAGAACUUCUUUACCCUUAAGACUUUCAUCGCAAAGGUGAUAUCCAGCGCGCUGGCGGUAUCUUCUAGCUUGGUGAUGGGCAAGGAAGGCCCCAUGUUGCAUGCCGGCUCCAUUUUGGCGGUCGUCAUGGGUAGCAACAAAUGGAUGCAGCAGCAGAUGGAGGUAGCAGCGCACUGGGGCACCUACACGUACAAUAAGGAGCAGCGCGACCUUGUGGCUAUAGGUGCAGCGUGUGGUGUGACCACGGCCUUCAAAGCACCGGUCGGAGGUGUGCUGUUUGCCAUGGAAAUGUCGACGCGCUGGGGCAAGGAGAUCAUGUGGCGCUGCUUCCUGGCCUGCGCCAUCACCAUUGUGGUGGUUCGUGAGGCGGUCAACAUCUGCAGCACGCAUGGCCACUGCAAGUCCCUGCAAUGGGGCUCCCUCAUUUGGUUCCAGCUGAAGUUCCCCACGCCCUACCCCCAAGUGUGGGCCAUCAUUCUGUUAGCGGUGGUGGGGGGCUACUUGGGCUGCCUGUACAUCUCCUUCAAUACGUGGGUCUGCGUGGUGCGCAAGAAGUGGACCAAGUUCAUGUGGGCUCGCAUUGCUGAGGUGUGCGCCAUUUCCGUGGCGACGUCCAUCCUCUUCUUCUUCAUGCCCGUUGCGGGCCGCUGCAAGUCGUGCGACAGCAAGACGGAUGACGAGUGCCUUUCGGGCGGCGCGCAGUUCAAGACGUUCCAGGGCUUCCACUGCCACACCGACCACCACUACAACGACCUGGCCACGCUGGUGUUCAACCCGCAGGGUUAUGUAAUCCAGGCGUUGUUCACGGCGCAUUCGGGCACCUUCUCCUUCACCUCCAUGCUGCUGUACGGCGUCAUUUAUUGGCUCAUGGCCGGAAUUACGUACGGAGCCUUCAUCCCCUCGGGCCUCUUCACACCCUCGCUGAUCUUUGGCGGCUUGCUAGGGCGCAUGUGGGCCGAGGUCCUUGUGGCCAUGCAUGUGGCAGACAACACAGAGGUGGGCUUCUACGCGCUGCUGGGCGCCGCUGCCUUCCUGGGCGGGCUGAUGCGCAUGUCUGCGGCCCAGGCGCUCAUCCUGAUGGAGAUGACGCAGGCGCCCUCCAUGCUGCCCUUCCUGAUGCUGGUUCUUGUGAUCUCCAAGAACGUGGGAGAUUGCUUCAACUACGGCGUGUUCGAGCACCAGAUGAUGCUCAAGAACCUCGCCUUUGUGGGCCUUGCGGAGAACAAUGGCAAAAAGUUCCACAUUAACGCCUCCGACAUCAUGAAGCGAAACGAUGAUAAGCAUGACACGUUGUACAUCGUGGAGCCGGGCUGUGUGCUGGCGGAGGCGUUGGACACCUUCCGAGAUGCGGCUGCAUUCCCCGUCACCACCCGGCCACCCAACCCAGAGGACAAGAACUCCAAGGGUGACUUUGUCGGCAUGAUCAGUCGUCGCAACGUGGCUCAACUGCUGGACGAGCAGGGUGUGGAGGCGGAGGCCAUCGACCUCACGUCCAAGGUGGAGAUUGCGCCCAUCAUCAUCCCACCCAACAUGCCGCUGCCCUUCAUCUAUAGGAUUGUGAACGCGGAGGGCUUCAACUACGUGCCCGUGAUCCGCUGGAACGGGCCGUUGGAGGGCAUGGUGAGCCGCGCGGAGCUGGUGGAGGUGCAGAACGCGCAGCUGGAUCAGUUCCACCUGAAGGAGCAGAUCGAGAAGAUGACGCACGAGAUCGACCAGGGCAAGAUCAUCGGGUCCAUGCACCUGGACAACAACAUCCACGCACAGGCCUUCAAGCACCUCUUCACCAACCCCGUUGCAGCGGUGCGGGAGGUGCUGGACAAGGACGACAAGCCCAUGGAGGUGGCGGAUACCUUCUACCUGGCGGCAGACGGCCAGAGCUACGCCGCCGCCUCCUCCAUCAGCCGCGCCAACACAGCAGACGUGUCGCAUCGGACACGUCACGCCACAUCACUGGAUCGCUCGGGUGGUCCCGCAGCAGAUCCCUCCAGUAGCGGAGCCGCCGCCGCCAAGGCCGACGGAUCUGCAAGAGGGGCCGCCGGCGCUGCAGCUGACCUUGAAAUGGGGAUCACACCGGUCGUGGGUGGGACGGCGGGAUUGCGGGCCCAGGGGGAUGCGGGAGCGGAUGAGCGGACACCGCUAACGGGAGGGUAUCUGCCGUCUUCAACGGAUAGGACGUGAGGAUGGAGGGGGCGUUGGGAGGGUUUGUGCUGUGAGGGAGUGCUUUGUAUGAGUGAGGUAAGCGGUGUGUGACUGUAGGAGGUGUGUGACUGUGGGCCGCCAACAGCGGCCUGCGAGACGCGAGGCGCAGUGAUUCUUUCAGGGGUGGCUGUUACCGGUAUAUGUGGAGUAUCGAGUAUGUGUUCAAGGGGUCUAAUUUUCGAGAGGAUGCAGGGCUAAGGUGCCUGGUGAUGCGUUGUAACGUCAGGAAGGCGGGUCAGUAAUUAGGAGGUUGCGUAGGCUGUGGUGUGGUGAAUGCCGUACUCAUUUUUUGCUCUUGAAGGCAAGUGCGUUCUUUGUCUUUCAGGAGCUCAGCUUGCGUAUUGUAGUGACGGGCUCGUUUACGAGAUACCGUUACAGAUGGGCGGUUAGGAAGUAUGCGAAAGAUACAUACUCUUACUUCGACACUGUGGCCGAACGUUGUGAAGCGGACAUGCAUGCAUUUGGGUUGUGCGCACGGGGCUUGACAGGUCAGGGAACAACGAGCCGUG